AUGGAUCUGCCGGACAUUUCCUCCGGCCGUUCUCCUAGGAGAGAACUCCAAGGACCUCGUCCGACUCCUCUCAAAGUCCGAAAAGACUCUCACAAGAUCCGAAAACCGCCAAUUGCCCCACCGCCGGCGGCGGCGGCACCACCGACGGACCACCACGCGCCGCCACGUCCGCCGGUCAUAAUCUACACCGUCUCCCCCAAAAUCAUCCAUGCAAACCCUAACGAGUUCAUGUCGCUAGUCCAACGCCUAACCGGCCCAAACUCGUCUGCCUGCGCCACGUCACCCUCGGCAUCCACCUCGCACGCAUUCCAAGAAAGCGGCGGAGCAAUAUCGCCGGCCGCCAGACUGGCGUCGAUCGAGAAGACAAAGUCGCCGGUUUUCGGUCAAAGCAUUGGGGGUUUGACCAAUGAUGAUGAUCAAGGGCUUGAGAAUAUGGGAUUGGUGGAUUGCCAUAAUAUUCAAAGGACGGGGAAUUUUCCGGGGAUCUUAUCACCAAAUCCAAACGCUCUAUCGCCAAUCCCACCGACUUUUUUCUCACCACCAUCAUUGGAUAAUAUUAAUAAUAACUACAAUAAUAGUAGUAAUAAUCCGUUGAGCUUUUUCCAUGAUUUUAGCCCGGUUUUGCAUAGGCCUAGUUGGGGUUUUGGUGGGGAAGGAGUUGGUGUAGGCCUUCGGGGUGCGGCUCUGAGAUUGGUCUUUGGUUUGGUUGGGGGUGGAUCUAUGUUAGCCGUCAUCAGAUCUUAG